GGCCCACCUUCAAGCGACGGCAGCUUGCGCAAUAUAAUAUAAAGUGCGCCGCUCGCCAGAACCCACGGCUCACCCAGGUACUGGUUUGAGUUGGACUUUGUGGCCCGCCAAACAACCUGUGACUUCCCAUCACCUGACUAUGGAAGACCUGUAUCGCGUCUAUCUCUUCGGAGAUCAGACAAGUGACUUUGAAGUUGGCCUUCGUCGCUUGUUACAGGCAAAAGAUCACACGAUUGUUUCCUCUUUCUUCCAAAAAAGCUACCAUGCAUUGCGUCAAGAAAUAUCUAGCCUUUCGCCAUCUGAGCGCAGCAUAUUUCCACGAUUCACGAGUAUUGUGGAUCUAUUGGCAAGAAACUGCGAAUCCCCAGGUAACCCUGCUCUAGAGAGCGCGUUAACUUGUCUCUAUCAACUGGGAAGUUUUAUCAAUUACCACGGUGACCUUGGCCAUGCAUACCCUUCAAAUGCAAGCACCCAGCUUGUCGGGCUGUGUACGGGGCUACUCAGCUGUGCCGCUGUUAGUUCUUCAAGCAACAUCGGAGAGCUCCUUGCACCGGCGGUCGAGGCAGUUGUCAUUGCCCUCCGACUGGGCUUGUGUGUUCGCCGUGUCCGAGAGCUAGUUGAUCAAGAGAUGGCAGCACCGCUCAGCUGGUCGGCUUUGGUGUCUGGCAUUAACGAGGCUGACGGGAUGGACCUUAUUUCCGACUUUAAUAUUCAAAAGGCUAUUCCUCCGUCUUCUCGGCCAUAUAUCAGCGCAGUCUGCGCAAACACUCUGACCAUCAGUGGCCCUCCAGCUGUUCUCAAUCAGUUCUUGGAUACUACUAUAUCAAAGCAAAAUAAAGCUAUUAGAGUGCCAAUCCAUGGGCCGUACCAUGCCUCCCACCUGUACGAUGACCGUGACGUGGGGAGGAUCCUCGAGCACUGCGAUACAGACCUUGUAUGCAACCGUCAACCGCAUAUCCCAGUCUUAUCAAGCAACACUGGGGAACUAAUUGCCGCCGAGAGCAUGAGAGACUUUCUGAAAGUUGCUUUGGAGGAGAUUCUACUCCGACAAAUGUGUUGGGACAAGGUAACAGAUUCAUGCGCGGCGAUCUUGAAUUCGGUCAAGGAGCGUACAAGCAAGAAGCUGCUGCCAAUCUCUACCUCAGCUAUACAAAGUCUGUUUAACUCGCUCAAGAAAGAAAACAUAUCCAAUAUAGACGUGGACGGAAGUGUCACCGACAUCACAGGUCCUGGCCCGGCCAACAAUCACACCGGCAGAGCAGAGCUUUCCAAGAUAGCCAUCAUUGGAAUGUCAGGACGGUUUCCUGAUUCUGACAGUCCCCAGGACUUUUGGAAUCUUCUGUACAAAGGGCUUGAUGUACACCGAAAAGUUCCUGAAGACCGAUGGGAUGCCGAUGCACAUGUAGAUCUCUCUGGCACGGGAAGAAAUACAAGUAAAGUCCAGUAUGGAUGCUGGAUCCGGGAGCCUGGUUUAUUUGAUCCUCGAUUCUUCAACAUGUCGCCGCGCGAGGCGCUCCAAGCAGACCCUGCUCAGCGGCUCGCGUUGCUGACAGCUUAUGAGGCGCUAGAAGGGGCCGGCUUCGUCGCAGAUAGUACACCCUCCACACAGAGGGACAGGGUUGGCAUCUUUUACGGAAUGACAAGUGACGACUAUCGCGAAAUCAACAGUGGCCAAGAUAUCGAUACAUAUUUUAUUCCAGGCGGCAACCGCGCUUUCACACCUGGGCGCAUCAAUUAUUACUUCAAGUUCAGCGGCCCUAGUGUUAGUGUUGAUACGGCAUGCUCUUCCAGUCUUGCUGCGAUUCACUUGGCUUGCAACUCUAUCUGGAGGAAUGACUGCGACACGGCCAUUUCUGGUGGCGUGAAUAUCCUGACCAACCCAGACAACCAUGCUGGUUUAGAUCGUGGCCAUUUCCUUUCCAGGACCGGGAACUGCAAUACAUUCGACGACGGUGCGGACGGCUACUGCAGAGCAGACGGGGUUGGAACAGUUAUCCUUAAACGGCUCGAGGAUGCUGAAGCCGAUAACGAUCCGAUUAUUGGUGUCAUCAACGGCGCAUAUACAAACCAUUCAGCAGAAGCGGUCUCAAUUACCCGCCCCCAUGUGGGAGCCCAGGCCUUUAUAUUCAAUAAAUUGCUCAACGAGGUGGAUGUUGACCCUAAGAGUGUUAGCUAUAUUGAGAUGCAUGGCACCGGUACCCAGGCAGGAGAUGCAGUGGAAAUGCAAUCGGUCUUGGACGUCUUUGCUCCCGAUCAUAGACGUGGUCCAGGGCAGUCGCUUCACCUUGGCUCUGCUAAGUCCAAUAUUGGACAUGGAGAGUCUGCAUCCGGGGUGACUUCUCUUGUCAAGGUGCUAUUGAUGAUGAAGGAAAAUAUGAUACCGCCACAUUGUGGGAUCAAGACCAAAAUCAACCACAACUUCCCAACCGAUUUCGCCGAAAGAAACGUCCAUAUUGCCUCCCAGCCGACUCCUUGGAACCGCCCACCAUCUGGGAAACGUCGCAUGUUUCUGAACAACUUUUCCGCCGCUGGUGGAAAUACUGCUCUCUUACUUGAGGAUGCUCCUAUUGCAGACCGGGACGAACAUGAUCCUCGACGAGUACAUAUCGUCUCUGUAUCUGCACGAUCUCAGACUGCUCUUAGGAAUAAUAUUGAGUCACUCAUCCAGUACAUGAGCGACCAAGAGAAGACCUUCGGGGUCAAGGAAAGCACCAUCCUUCCGAGUUUGGCGUAUACUACCACCGCGCGUCGCACUCAUCAUCCUUUCCGGGUCACUGCUAUAGGGUCCAGCCUACAAGAGCUGCGUGAUUCCCUACGUGGUAGCUCUCAGAAAGAUGUCACUGCGGUGCCUGCUAAGACUCCUGGCAUCGGGUUCCUUUUCACAGGCCAAGGUGCCCAAUAUGCGGGAAUGGGCCAGCAGCUGUACGAAGGCUGUUCCCAUUUCAGGUCAACUAUCCAGCACUUUGACUGCAUCUGUCAAAGCCAGGGCCUUCCUUCUAUCCUCCCUCUUGUUGAUGGCAGCGUACCUUUGAGUGAGCUGAGCCCUGUUGUGGUGCAAGUCGGAACCACAUGCGUGCAAAUGGCCUUGACCAGUUUCUGGCGGUCCUUGGGUAUAACCCCUUCAUUUGUUUUAGGGCAUAGCCUAGGUGAUUAUGCUGCAUUAAAUGCUGCUGGCGUGUUAUCUACCAGUGAUACUAUAUUCGCUUGUGGCCGUCGAGCUCAGCUUCUUACAGAGCAAUGUCAACCCGGGACACACGCCAUGCUGGCAAUAAAAGCUCCACUUGUUGAAGUCAAGAGAUUCCUGACAGAGGGCGUCCAUGAUAUGGCUUGCAUUAACUCGCCUUCGGAGACUGUUAUUAGCGGAACCAAAUCAGCCAUCGAUGAGUUGAGUCAGGAUUGCUCAAAGCAAGGAUUAAAGUCAACAGUCUUGACUGUGCCCUACGCUUUCCAUUCUGCUCAAGUUAACCCCAUACUUGGGACCCUCGAAGAGACCCUACAGGGAAUCACUUUCAACAAACCAUCGGUGCCCUUUGUUUCAGCUCUUCUCGGAGAGGCGAUCACUGAAGCCGGCCCGGAUUUCCUGAAUGCAAAGUACUUGAUAAGACAUUGCCGAGAGACCGUCAAUUUCCUAGGUGCAUUUGAGGCACUAGGGAAUGCAAAAUUGAAGAAUGACCAGACUCUCUGGCUCGAGAUUGGCCCGCAUACGAUCUGCUCAGGCAUGGUAAAAGCCACGCUUGGACCACAAUCCAACACUCUUGCAUCCCUUCGACGCGAGGAAGACACAUGGAAGGUCCUCUCGACAAGUCUUUCUAAUCUUCACCUCGCGGGUAUUGGCAUCAACUGGAAGCAAUAUCAUCAAGACUUCAGCUCUAGUCAUCAAGUUAUCCCACUUCCUGCUUACAAGUGGGACCUGAAGAAUUAUUGGAUUCCCUACAAGAACAACUUCUGCCUCACCAAGGGUGCUCCUGUGGCUCCUAUUAGUGCUCCCACGGAGUCCAGCUUCUUGACCACUUCUGCACAGAAAGUUGUGGAGAGUCGUGAUGAGGGAGCAACAGCAACGGUAGUGGUGCAAAACGACAUAGCAGACCCAGGCCUAAAUCGAGUUAUACAGGGCCAUCAAGUCAAUGGAGCAGCACUUUGCCCCUCGUCACUCUAUGCAGAUAUUGCCCAGACUUUGGCAGAUUAUCUGAUCGAAAAGUAUAAGCCAGAACUUAAGUCUUCGGGCUUGGAUGUAUGCAACGUGACUGUCCCCAAGCCCCUCAUCGCAAAGACCGGAAAGGAGCAAUUCAGAGUAUCCGCUACUGCCAAUUGGGCAGAUAAAUGCGCAUCGGUCCAGGUUUACUCUGUUACACCAGAAGGUAAAAAGCUCAUUGACCAUGCCUCCUGCGAGGUCAAAUUCUUCGACUGCGCGGCGGCCGAACUGGAAUGGAAGCGAAGCUCUUAUUUGGUCAAGCGCAGUAUCGAGCUUCUGGAAGCCAAUUCUCUUACAGGAGGCACCCAUCGCCUGCAAAGGGGAAUGGUCUACAAGCUCUUCAGCGCUCUGGUCGACUAUGAUGAAAACUAUCAGUCAAUCAAGGAAGUUAUUCUUGACAGUGAGAACCAUGAAGCCACCGCUUUCGUCAAGUUCCAAGCACCACCAGCCAAUUUCCAUCGGAACCCUUACUGGAUCGACAGUUUCGGCCAUCUCUCUGGGUUUAUCAUGAAUGCCAGUGAUACUACAGACUCUAAAAACCAGGUCUUUGUUAACCAUGGAUGGGACUCUAUGCGAUGUGUGAAGAAGUUCUCACCAGAUGUCACUUACCGUACCCAUGUGAGAAUGCAGCCAUGGCGUGACUCCAUCUGGGCAGGCGAUGUCCACAUUUUUGAAGGGGAUGAUGUCAUUGCUGUGUUUGGGGGUGUUAAAUUCCAAGCCCUGUCGCGACGAAUCCUGGAUACUGCUCUUCCGCCAGCAGGCAGCUCGAAGGCGCGGAGCCCAGCGGCGCAGCAGACUUCAGCGCCCAAGAAGCCUGUGCAGGCGGAAAAAGCAAAUGCCAACAGGCCAAAGCCUCCAAUGGCCAUGAAAUCUUUUGCCAAAAGAACUGCUGGUCCGAGUGUUGUCGUACGGGCACUCAGCAUCUUAGCAUCGGAAGUAGGGCUUGCAGAAUCCGAUAUGUCGGAUGAUCUGGUUUUUGCAGACUGCGGUGUCGACUCGCUGCUUUCGUUGACUGUCACCGGCAGAUAUCGUGAGGAGUUGAACUUGGACUUGGAGUCAUCUGUCUUCAUCGACCAGCCCACGGUCCGAGACUUCAAGGGACUGGUGGCUCAAAUGAGUCCGGCUGAAUCAACUGACUCGUCGUCCAGUGAGCAUGAGUCCGAAUUCUCAUUCAACGGCGAUAUAUCUUCAGGGGAAUCAGACCCCGCAACCCCUGGCAUUACUUCGCCGCAGAACGAAAAAGUCGUUCAGGUUCAAGAAAGUGGCGCCAUGAAAGAGAUUCGAGCCAUCGUGGCCGACGAAAUUGGUGUUCCAGCAGAAGAAAUAAAGAGCACCGAGAACCUAGGCGAAAUGGGAAUGGAUUCGCUUCUUUCUCUUACCGUGCUAGGUAGAAUUCGUGAGUCGUUAGACAUGGACUUGCCGGGUGAGUUCUUUAUCGAGAACCAGACACUCGAUGAUGUCGAAGUCGCCCUGGACCUGAAACCCAAGGCUGCUCCAGCUCCCACCCCGGUGCCACAGACUAUUUCCAUGCCAGAGACAGGCCCAACCAAAGAGCUGAACACUCAACCGGCAACAAGUAGCCAUCCAUCGGCAACUUCUAUCUUAUUGCAGGGAAACCCGAGGACCGCUACAAAGUCUCUUUUCCUCUUCCCCGAUGGCUCCGGUUCCGCAACAUCAUACGCCACUAUCCCAGGUGUCUCUCCCGACGUUUGCGUGUACGGACUGAACUGUCCAUACAUGAGAACGCCGGAGAAACUCAACUGCGGGCUUGACGAACUCACAGGGCCAUACUUAAAGGAGAUCCGUCGACGACAGCCAAAAGGCCCCUACAACCUUGGUGGGUGGUCUGCAGGCGGCAUAUGCGCGUACGACGCCGCACGAACCCUAAUCCUCAAGGAAAGUGAGGAAGUCGACCGUCUCCUCCUUCUCGAUUCGCCAUUCCCCAUUGGACUCGAGAAGCUCCCGCCCCGUCUCUACGGCUUCUUCAAUUCCGUCGGUCUCUUCGGCGAAGGCAAGGCCGCACCCCCAGCCUGGCUGCUCCCGCAUUUCCUAGCCUUUAUUGAUUCCCUAGACGCCUACAAGGCCGUCCCGCUCCCCUUCGACGACGAAACAUGGGCUAGGAAGAUGCCAAAAACGUACAUGGUCUGGGCUAAGGACGGAGUAUGCUCCAAGCCCGAUGAUCCAUGGCCCGAGCCAGCGCCCGAUGGAAGUAAGGACCCCAAGGAGAUGGUCUGGCUGCUAAGCAACCGCACAGACCUUGGUCCGAACAAAUGGGAUACACUGGUGGGGCCGCAGAACAUCGGCGGCAUUACGGUCCUUCAGGGCACGAAUCAUUUUACGAUGACAAAGGGUGAGAAAGCGAAGGAGCUUGCGGCUUUCAUGGCAGAUGCUCUGGGUGCUUAGGCAGAGCUCAUGCUGUGGUAGCGACAUAUUUUACUAAUAUUCUAUGAUUUUUACGGCCGGAGUUACUGCUAUUGCUUUCUUUCUUUUUUUUUUUUUUGGUGGUUGAAAAUGUUUUUCCAAUGAAUGAUACGUCACCCACUGCCCUAGGCAAACUACUUAAUACUUAGUGAUUGUGCUAUAAUAGUUAAUGAAUACCACUGUCGAUUUGAACUGCACUUGCCGUCUAUUACUUAGCCGCCUGGACGUUAACCACUAGGUAUGGAAUUGACAACUACUCGCUGACACCUG